AUGAGGAAAAUUAAACGUGAAAGACCUCCGUAUCCGGGGUCAUACAAAGGCAACAGGUUCCGGGUGUUUCAAAACUGCAAGCAGGUAUUUGAGAACUACUCUCCCGUGCCUCAGGUAGCAAGCUCGUGGCUCCCCAAAUGCCCCGGAGCGAGUUUUAUUGGAGAGCAGCACCCGGGAUUCCGCAGAGGUGGCGCGGGCGGCCGCGGGGCCCGCCACCCAGAGCUGAUCGCAGAGCAGAGCGCACGCGGGGCCCGGCCCGAGCGGCCGCCCGCCACACGCGACGCUGCGCACGGACUUGACCCCAACUCGGGGUCUCCAGCCCAGUCCUUCCACACGCAGGGACUGAAGAAACGCGGGCUACUUCGCAGCGCAGCACGGCGCGGGCUCCGCUCCGCCCGGCAGGAGGCCGCUGCGCCCCACGCGGUCCGCGCGGCCCCCGGCCGAACCACUGCUCCCCUUCAGCUCCCUC